GCGGCGGCGGCGGCGGAGGGGCACUAGCCCCCUCCCCGCAGCCGUUGACGGAUGUGGAAGUCACGAGGGCCUUCCGCCUUGAGGCUGCGCGGUUGGCCGGAUGUGGGGUUGCCCGUUGUUGUAAAGAAAGAAGAUGGAAAGUAAUGCUGUCCUUUUGGAAUCUAAAUCCUCACCAAUCAACCUCCUGAAUGAAAUGCACCAGCUGCGUCUCCUUGGCCACCUCUGUGAUGUAACUGUGAGUGUGGAAUAUCAAGGUGUCAGAGCAGAGUUUGUUGCUCACAAAGCUGUGUUGGCAGCAACCAGCAAGUUUUUUAAAGAGGUGUUCCUUAAUGAAAAAAAUAUAGAUGGACCAAGGACAAAUAUAUUGUUAAAUGAAGUCCAAGUAGCUGACUUUGCAUCAUUUCUUGAGUUUGUCUAUACUGCUAGGGUAGAGAUAGAAGAAGAUCGAGUGCAGCGUAUGCUGGAAAUAGCUGAGAAACUAAAGUGCUUGGAUUUGUCUGAAACAUGCUUUCAACUAAAGAAGCAAAUGCUUGAAUCAGUGUUGUUGGAGUUACAGAAUUUUUCUGAGUCACAGGAUGCUGAAGAGGACAGUGUUGCCCAGCCAAGCAGUUUAGUUGAGCCAAAUGCAGUUGUUGAAACACAAAGUGACAAUACAAACUCACUCUUAAAUUCUCCUCCUGAAAGGCCCAGGGAUGGAGAGAGCCUUGAAGUUCCCACAGCUAAAUUAAAGGAAAAGUUAGAUAAGAAAAAAGAAGCCCUGAAGACACCCUGUGCCAAAAUCAGGCGAGCUAGCGGAAGACUGGCUGGCAGGAAAGUAUUUGUGGAAAUACCCAAGAAAAAGUACACAAGACGCCUGCGAGAACAACAGAAGUAUGCAGAGGCUGUUGCUGAAGAGACGAGGCUCUCCAAAAACCACACCCUUCAUGAGGAAGGAGGAGAGGAAGAGGGGGAGGGGGAGGAGAAAGAACAAAUGGCAAACAGUAUGAAGCCUGAACACAAAGAGUGUGAUAGCACUGAUGAACUGGAAGAAACUGUGAAUAAAUCUGAGGAGGACAAAAAGAAUCGUGGUGGCAACUUUACAUGCAGCACCUGUGAGAGAGAAUUCCUGUAUGAGAAGAGCUUUCUGAAACACAUAAAGCACAGCCAUGGGAUUGCUGCUGAAAUUAUAUACCGUUGCGAAACCUGCGGCCAGACAUUUGCCAACCGGUGCAACCUCAAAAGCCACCAACGCCACGUCCACAGCAGUGAGCGUCACUUCCCUUGUGAGCUCUGUGGUAAGAAGUUCAAGAGGAAGAAGGACGUCAAGCGGCACAUUCUGCAGGUUCAUGAGGGUGGUGGGGAGCGUCAUCACUGCCUACAGUGUGGAAAGGGUUUGAGCUCCAAAACGGCCUUGAGGCUUCAUGAAAGGACACAUACAGGCGACAAGCCUUAUGGGUGCACAGAGUGUGAGGCUAAGUUUUCUCAGCCUUCGGCACUUAAAACACACAUGAGAAUCCAUACUGGUGAAAAGCCUUUUGUUUGUAGUGAUUGUGGAGCAAGAUUCACACAGAAUCACAUGCUUAUAUAUCAUAAAAGAUGCCAUACAGGGGAACGGCCUUUUAUGUGUGAAACCUGUGGGAAAAGCUUUGCCUCCAAGGAGUAUUUGAAACACCAUAAUCGAAUCCACACUGGGUCUAAGCCAUUUAAAUGUGAAGUUUGCUUUCGGACAUUUGCACAAAGGAAUUCAUUGUAUCAGCACAUUAAAGUUCAUACAGGUGAGCGUCCGUACUGUUGUGAUCAGUGUGGUAAACAGUUCACCCAGCUCAAUGCCUUGCAGCGCCAUCAUAGGAUUCACACAGGGGAAAAACCAUUCAUGUGCAAUGCUUGUGGUCGGACAUUUACUGACAAAUCAACUCUUCGGAGACACACCUCGAUUCACGAUAAGAACACACCAUGGAAGUCUUUUCUUGUAGUUGUUGAAGGUGCUUCCAAGAAUGAUGAGGAUCAGAAGACAGAGCUUCCUGAUGAAGACUAUGAUAUGGCUCAUUCCAAAAUAUCUGAGAAGCUUCUACCCUUCUCAGAAAAUGGUCACUAUCAAACUCUGACAACUGUCCAAGGAAACAUGACAGCUCUGCAGGAAAAUGGAUCCCCAUCAAUAACUGAUGGCAAAUUGACAGUCACCGCAGGGUCCCAAGAAGCUGCUAUACCUCCAUCAUUGCAUAAUCUCACAGUGUUGCACACCCAGACAGACUCACUUCAGCCACCCCUUCACACCUUGGUGAAUAUGGAAUAGCAUCAUUCACUAAGAACAUCAUUUGAACCAAGGAUAAACUGUCUAAUACUGUUCAUCCUGACACCACCCAGGAACUGAAAACAAAGUAAAAAAUAAUGCUUAUUAUGUUAGGUGGUCUCCAUCUCUCACCAAAAUAGUACUUCUGAAAUUGUCUCUUAACUGAAGAAUUCAAAUCUUUUCAUCCCAUUUGGUAAAGUGCAGCCUAUUCUUUCUGUCAUGUUAUACCAGUGUCAUUUUAAAGUAAAUUUCAGAUUAUGGUUAGUGGAAGGGAAAUGAAGCAUUGCUGCUGUUUUAAUCCAAAUAUCUCCUUACCAUUCUCUUGGCAGAAGACUCUAUUUGGCUAUAGUUUUUCAGUAGCUCUUUUGAAAGAACAGCUGUGCUUUUUGGUUUUUUUUUGAUCAAUUAUUUCGCAGUGCAUGUGAAUAAAUGUAAAAUAUAACAUGACAAUCUCUGACCCUUUUAGAUAAUCUGGCCUACGAUUUUCAUCAAUUCCAUCCUGCCUAGUCAUUGACUUGUGGUAAUCCAGAACACUUGCAGGGACAGACAAUCCAUACUACUACUUAGGAUGUAGUGUUUAAUGAAAUUUAUACGUAGGAGUUUGUGGCUUCUUUUGUUACAAAAAGGAAAAAUAAGUGUGGGGAAAGAGCCACUUACUAAACAAACAGUAUAAGAGGUCUGACACUGCUUUUGUGUGUGGAAAAGAAGAAAUAGAAUGUGUCCCUCUGCCAGCAGAGCAGCAUCUACUAGUAGAACAGGUGUUUCUUUACUUCUGAAUUUACACUGAGAUCUGCUGUGGAAAGAUGGGGAAAUGAUCUGUAGGAGUUUUGGAGGACCAGGGUGGAGAGGAUUCAAGGGGAGUAUUGAAAAAGAAACAUCUGUUGCAUUAGUGGAAGUCUUUCAGCAUGUUGUCUUUCAUGCCAGCUUUGCAGAAGUAACAGAAUUGUAUCCUAUUCCAUCAGUUUAUGCUCUGCCAGAUUGAUUGUUCUAAGCAAUUUGAAGCUGAUUUCAGAUUAGUAUUGCUUAAUUUGGUUCAGAAUUUUACAGGGAUUUCAGUUUUUAUUCUAUGGUUGAGCCCAAGAUAUUGGGCAUUCUGCAAGCCUGCUGUCUUGCCUUUCUUCUCUCUUCCCUGCAGUCAAUUAAUAAUCUCAGCUGUCUAUACUGUAAACUCCUCAUAGCCAUGUCUUUACCGUCUGUCAUAGGUUUAUUCUCCAUAUCCUCCAACAGCAAAAAGGCUGUUCACAAAGUAUUGCACUUCUAAAUUGUCUUUCAUUCCCCCAAAGGGCCUUAGUAGAGUUUCCCAAUCUCUUCUGAUCCCAGUGCCGUACUUGUGGGUGUUGUGUAUUUGUUCAUAGGAUAUAGCAUUCUACAGUUUAAAUUUCCUUAGCUGCAUAUUGCUAAAACAGAUUGCUCCAAAAUAUUGAAUAUAGUUUUCUCAAGUGAGAGGCUGCAUAUCUUGCUGUAAGUUAUUCAUUGUGAUCAUCAAGGUUCCCUCUAAGCUGGGUGGGCACCUGUGCCCAACUCUUUUCCUGCUCCGUGUGACAAUCGCAUUAGGUUUCAGUCACGACAGAAUCCUGUGGGGCGGCGGAAAAUUAGAGGGGUACAUUGAUAUAUUUUUUAAAAGUCUUGUCAACUCCUCUCUAGUGGUUUUUGUUAACAUUUUGUGUCACAAAUGAUAAAAUAUUCUUGUAGUUUAUGAUGGUGAUCCAACACUUUGUGGUAAGUACUCCUAUUGAUAUGUAUUUGCCUUUUUUUAACCAAAGCUACACAUUCUGUUGCACAAUUAACAUUACAACCAGAUGUCAUUGUAACAGCCACCAGCCAUUUAAAAGGGAGAGUUGUUUAGAUCUCCAACGUACUUGUCUAAAGGUUUUAUAGAAUAUAUUUCAGAAAAGUUGUUUCAUCAAUGCCUUCAGUGUUAACAGCUGGAGAACAAAUCCAUGCAGUAUAACUGCCAACAUUUAAGGAAAAAACAAGUCUCUUGAUUUUUCUUCAUCGUAGGAGUUGUGGAGGCAACAGGUUGCUUUGCUUUUGCUUUUAAAAAAAUCAAUAUUGUGCCUUUUCAUUUUUAAAUUCAGGAAAAAAUAAGUGCCAUACCGCAAACAUUUCAAUCUGACAUUCCAUUGAUUUCCCUCAAGACUUGAAACUCCUGAUUUAAGUGUUGGGAAUAAUCCUAAUGUAUGAGUUUUUUCUGGGCCCUUGUGGUACUGGCAGCACUCAAAAUGAAGUAUUGCCUGUAAGAGCAAGUGGGAUCUGGUUUCAGGUGUUCUUUUUAGCCAGUAAUAGACCCAUGUGUACAGCUUCUUUUAACAGUAUUCUAGAUGUUCUAUAAAACAAAGAAUGUUAAAUGCUUCUGAAAUCAAGUGCAACUGCUUACGUUGCUCUUUCUUGCAACUUGGACUUAACAAUUAUACUGUUUUUUCUGCUUACUUUCACUGGGUUGUAUGAAGCAAAGACCACUGUUGGAAUAGAUUUUCCCUUCUACUACACUCCCAUAUGCUCUUCAGCUUUGCUUCAGAGAACUGUGGGAACAUUUGGAACAGAUGGGGGGAGGCUAUGGGGGUUCUGCAGAGAAGAGGAAGUGUUGUAGGAGUGCAGGAUAUCGCACACUCUUUUGAUGCACUUGUGCACUAAUGAAGCAUGAGUUUAAUGAAGCAUUUGAUGUUAUGUGGGGGAUCUUCCCCCCACUCGCUUCUGACUUCUAUGAUUACCCUGCAUCUGUUUCUAAUCACUUUCAGGGAUACAGAAGCAUAUGACAAAGUAUUCUUAUUACAACAGAAGAUGGCUAAAAUCUUGUUGGGAAUAACUAGGCCUGCAGAAGGUUGAUGAUGUCACUAACAAGAGAUUUUCAAUAAUUAAAGACUUGCCCUUUUUCUCCCAGUUUUCUGAUUUGCACAUAAUCUCUUUGUGUGGAAGCAGUGGGGGCCAUAGGAAGUCUUUAACUGUUGAAAAAUUCUGCCUGUUGGUAAUAUCUGGUGUUGUCAAUUUUCGGUAAUGAAAAACUUCAUCUUUCCAUCCUGCAUCCCCAAGAUGAUGAAAUGAGUUAUUUGCAAGUAAGAAAAGCCAUGGGAAAGAACAUAAAAUCUUUCAUUACCAACAUCUUCUGGUUAUGCCAUCACCCUUCCAUAGCUGUAGUUAACACCAAUAUGAUUUCAGUUGAUUAUUGUUUCACAACAGCAAAUUAUCUUCUCAAGAUAUUGGUGGAUUCAGUUAUUAGUACAGUGUGCUUUAGGUAAUUUCUCCUUCAAGGUUGUUUUAUUUCUUGAAAUUUUGGUAAACGUAUGGUUUGGAUUAACUAGCCAGGCAAAGUCAGCCACAACAGUGUGGUCCUCCAGAUGUUUGUGGCUAUGCAUCUCAAAAGUCUUCACCAUUGGCUAUGCUGGCUAGGGUUUAUGUGAUUUGCAAUCCAGCAUCUGGAGAGCCAUAUGACCUUCAUUUCUGCUCUACAUUUCUCCCCAUUUUUAAAAUCUAUUUGAAUCAAAGUCACUUGUGGGAGGCAGGAGGAACAUGAAAAUUAAAGCAAUAACAAAUCAAUUCAAUUAGUUAUUUUUUGUAAAUCCCUUAUUAAAAGCAUGUUAAUUUUAUUCCCUGUUUAAUUCACUAUAAAAGGAGUCCUUUUAGAAAAACUACCAAGAGGUUAUAUUUACAUAUUUAUUUUGUAAGCCACAUGUUCUUUUUUGGCUAUUGAAUUUUAAUGACCAAUUGCUAAGAAUUUGUAGUAAAUAUUUGAAUCCUUAUGUUAGUACCUAUAAAUAGGGAUUUUUAUUUUAUACUGUAUCAACAUGUGAAGAUGGAUUAACUUGUAUGAAUUGAUAAGCCUAAUUAAAA